CGCGCCACUUAAACUCUCUCCUCGUCCAGUUUCAUCUUUUGAAGAAAUGUACAGUUUUCAUUGAUAUGGACCGGAAAAGGAAUGUUUUGGCAAAUUUAUUGCUCUUCGCAGACGAGGAAAUGGACGAGGAUGUCGACAUUGCUGUUACUCUUCUUUCUACUCACGGUUCCUGUGGUGAAUUGUUUAAACGGCGGAAAAGUGAAGGUGCUUAUAAUGUUUUGAUAACGAAACACCUAAUAGACAAUGAGGUAAAAUUUAAGGAGUAUUUUAGACUCACACGGGACCAGGUCUUCACUCUUCUGGGAUUGGUGAGAGAGGAAAUAACUGUGAAGCCGUAUAAUACGGUAAUUGAACCCAUAACAGCAGAAAUGAAACUUGCCGUCAUCCUAAGGUUUCUGGCUACGGGUUGAAUCAUACCGAUCAUUGGCUUUCCAAUACAGAAUUUCUGCGUCUGCAAUAUCAAAUUUUGUCCCUGACGUUUUGAGAGUUGUCAAGGACAAAAUAGAACAUGUGCAUUUGCCACCACCAUCGGAGAUUGAUUGGAAACAGAAAGCCGAAGAAUUCUGGGACAUCUGGGAUUUCC